AUGGGUAUUAGUCGUGAUUCCAGGCAUAAGCGUUCCGCUACCGGUGCCAGACGUGAUCAAUACAGAAAGAAGAGAAAGUUCGAGUUAGGUCGUCAAUCUGCCAAUACCAAGCUCGGUGGUAAGCGUAUUCAUUUAGUCCGUGUUCGUGGUGGUAACUUCAAGCGUCGUGCCCUCCGUUUGGAAGGUGGUAACUUCUCUUGGGGUUCUGAGGGUAUUUCCCGCAAGACCCGUCUUUUGACCGUCAUCUACAACGCUUCUAACAAUGAGUUGGUCCGUACCAACACUCUUGUUAAGGGUGCUGUUAUCCAAAUCGAUGCUACUCCUUUCCGUCAAUGGUAUGAAUCCCACUAUGCUAUUGCUCUUGGUAAGAAGAAGGCUGAGGAUGCCGAAAAGACUGCUGAAAAGAAGUCAAGUGCUGUUCAAAAGAAGAUUGAUGCUCGUGCUGCCACUGCUGCUAUCGAUCCUCUCUUAGAUUCUCAAUUCAACGCUGGUCGUCUUUAUGCCGUUAUUGCUUCUCGUCCUGGUCAAUCCGGUCGUUGUGAUGGUUACAUUCUCGAGGGUAAGGAACUUGAAUUCUACCUUCGUAAGAUGAAGUCUAGAAAGUAAAUUCUUUCAAGCAAAAAAAACACAAUCAACCAACCAACUCAAUACAUGAUGACUACUACUUAUUUUUAUAUUGUAAUUGAAUAAAAAAAUAAUAAUAAUGAAAAUACGCA